AAUUACCUCCCACAAGAGGGGAGUGGUUUGAAGUGGAAGCUGGGAGGAGGGAUGAUUGCGACACAAAAGAGCAAAGGAAUAUGGAAGGCAGAAGAAAUUAAUCUUACCCUGAAGAUCUCCCCGUUUGGCACACAAAGUGGAGUACGGACCUGGCUUCCUGAUGCUUGGCCCCAACUGGCUGGGUGCUGUGCUCUUCCUUGGGGUACAGCUCCGAGCACUGUGGCCUGCAGCAGCCGUAGAAGUUUACACUUCCAAGGAGGUGGAUGCUGUGAACGGCACUAACCUGCGGUUAAAAUGCACCUUUUCCAGCAGCAGCCCUAUCAGCCAGAACCUAUCGGUGACCUGGAACUUCCAACCUGAGGACCUGAGUUCUCAUGAGCCAGUAUUUUAUUACCUGAAGGAGCCCUACAAGCUAUCUGUUGGACGGUUCAAAGAGCGAGUCACCUGGGAUGGGAAUAUUGACCGUUAUGAUGCUUCCAUCGUUAUCUGGAACUUACAGCCCACUGACAAUGGGACAUUCACCUGCCAGGUGAAGAACCCACCCGAUGUUACUGGCAUAGUUGGUGAAGUGCGGCUCAGAGUCGUGCAGAAAGCACGUUUCUCAGAAAUCCACUUCCUGGCGGUGGCCAUCGGCUCUGCUUGUGUGCUGAUGAUCAUUGUGGUGACAGUCGUGCUGAUCUGCCAGCACCGUCGAAAGAAAGCGCAAGAGAAGAGGAUCGAAGUGUCAGACACUGAACUUAAAGAAAAGGAGAAUCUGAAGAGAGCAGAAAAGGAAACCAGUCCAUUAGAAGACUAGAGGUCUUUGGCAAUAUACACAAUGCAGGUACUUGCAAAGCAGAUGUGAAAGCUUGUAAUUCUGGAUGUUAGAACAAAGCUGAACUACAGAUGCCUCAUGGUGUGAGUGUGGUUUCCUUGCUCAACCCGAAAUUCUUGCAAGGAAAGAGGAUGGCAUUAACAGAAGUUGUAAACUUCCUUGAUCGAAGCCGAGUUGGAGAAACUUGCCCCAGGAACAAGGAAUUUUCCUUCAUCUUCACACCUGCAGAAUACAAAGAAAGCUGCUCUGAAGAUGAAAAAAAUACCAAAAGAUUUGAAAAAAAAGUGCUGAGAUAGCUGACUGUACGGAGAUUUUCAAGGUGUCUGAGCAGACACGCUCUUGCACCUUAAAAAUUGCAAGGUGCAGUUGCGUUGCCCUGCUUCUCCUCCCUCGGAAUCCUCAUUGACAUAGCUAACAAGAAGACGGACACGGUGAGGGAUGAGAAGAGCAGCCAGCUGCUACAAAGUGCUUUAAAUCUCUUUGCUGCUUUAAAUGGGAAGUGUUACUGUUGGGGAAUUGUUUUGUAUUAGGGAUAAUGUUUACCUGUGGGUGUGUUUUUGUACCUGUUUGAUGCAGCUUCAGCAGGCUUUGUCACUACAGGAGCUGAGGUCACUGCCUUAUAUUCCCAUCGCUGCAGGUGGUGGUGGCCCCUGCUGCAGUUUGAGCUCAGAGGCUGACCUGAGCGAGUGAUAAAAGGCUGCUAGCUUGGUAUUGGGCUUCCAACAACAUGCUAUCCCAUUUUCUCCAGGUGUCAUUUAUUGCCCAGGCCACCACCAGCACCUCUCACCCCUGCAAAUGAUGCACUCGCUUAGCAUUGUAUCCUCUACUUCCACAGAUUUCAUAUCAUCAUGGAAUGCUUUGUGUUGGGAGGGACCUAAAAAAAGCCCAUCCAGUCCCACACCCCCUGCCAUGGGCAGGGACACCUCCCACUGGAUCAGGGGCUCCAAGCCCCAUCCAACCUGGCCUUGAACCCCUCCAGGGAUGGGCAACCUGGUCCAGGGCCUCCCCAACAUCACAGGGAAACACUUCUUCCCGAGAUAAUAUCUCAAUCUCCCCUCUUUCAGCUGAAAACUGUUCACCCUUGUCCUAUCCCUGCACUCUGUGAUCCAGAGCCCCUUCCCAGCUUUCCUGGAGCCCCUUUCAGCGCUGGAAGCUCUUCUAAGGUCUCCCCAGAACCUUCUCUUCUCCAGGCUGAACAACCCCAACUCUCUCAGCCUGUCCUCAUAUAGGAGGUGCUCCAGCCCUGGGAUCACCAAAUAUUGAAACCAUGGAGCUGUUACAGUAUUUAACCGAAUUAAACUCCCAGCCUGUUUGUUUAAAGAGUAUCUUUAUGGCUUUAUAACUCCACACGUAAUGCGCUGGCUGCGUUAUCUGUUUGUACGCGUCUGUUUUUUAUCGUCUGGGUUGUAAAUAAAGGUGCCUU